AUGGCUGAUCGACUGGCGCCGGUCUGCCCCCAACGUCCACCCGACGUUAGCAAUGAAACGGAAGCGCUUCAGCGAAUGCCGCGUCAAAGACUCGAUCAACUUCGCCGUCUUACAUCCUUCUUGGUCGGGCAGGAACAGCAAAGCGAGGACUGUCUAUACCUCAACUUAUACACGCCAGUUAUCGGUGCGGCUGAUCGAGGUCCCGGGGGUGCAAGCAAUGCUGGAAUCGGAUCUCCAUCAGCAGUCGCAUCAUCGUCGAGUUCAUCCAAUCUUCCACCAGCCGGCGACGGAAGCCGUGAUAGCAGCGGCCUUUUGCCCGUCCUUGUGUUCAUCCACGGUGAAUCAUUCGAGUGGAACUCGGGCAAUGCGUAUGACGGCUCAGUGAUCGCUGCUAGGGGACACGUGGUCGUCAUCACUCUGAAUUAUCGCCUUGGCAUAUUCGGUUUCCUUCCGCCUCUGGAAAGCGGUGGCCGAGGUGCAAAUAAUGGCCUUCUCGACGUUGUGGCUGCGUUACAUUGGGUGGCCGGUAGCGUUACCGAAUUUGGUGGCGACCCCUUAAAGGUGACCGUUUUCGGCCAUGGUCACGGUGCAGCCCUUGCCAAUUUACUCAUGCUGGCACCAAUGGCCAGAGGAUUAUUUCAACGAGUGAUCUUGAUGUCUGGGUCGGCGUUAAGUCCCUGGGCCAUGGCGAGAGAUUCUGUUAAAUACACCCGGCUCAUAGCGCAUGAACUUAACUGCCCAGUUGAUGACAAUCGAGCCCUAAUUGACUGCCUUAAAAGCCGAGCUGCCGCUGACAUUGUAGGAGUAGGCCUCUCACCUCCAGAACAUCUUUCAGCGUUUGGGCCUAUUGUUGAUGGAAUCGCGGUGCCUCGUGAACCUGCUCAGCUUAUGGAGGAACAUGGACCGAUGGCGCUGUUUCGAAACUAUGCCAUGCUUGCCGCACUAGCUGGAUCUGAGACACACGUUCUUGUAUCAGCCAUGGAGGACCGCUACGGCAUGGACGUGGAUAGAAGAGAACGGGUCUUACGUACGCUGGUGCGCAAUUUGUUCAGCUUUCACCAGCAAGAAAUCUACUUGACGGUUCUUAACGAGUAUACAGAUUGGUCCGCUUCUUUGCCACCUCAUCCUCUCAAUAUACUGGAUGGUACAUUGGAGGCAGUAUCAGACGCAUUAGUGGUUGCACCCCUGAUCAGAACGGCUCAGCUCCAUUCGAAGCUCAAAGGUACUUCAACCUAUGUAGGUGUAUUUGGAAAUCGUCAUCGGCGCAUUCGAGAAGAAGUCGAUCUGAUGGGCGAUAGCGUUCGAAGUCCGACAAAUGGCGAGGAUUAUUUAGCAUAUGUUUUUGGUGCACCUCUGGUAAACCAACUCGGCGGUUUCGGAUCAAACUACACACCUGAAGAGGAAGCAAUCUCAGAAGCUUCCAUUGAGUACUGGACCAGUUUCGCUAGAGAUGGGUAUCCUUCACUUGCUGAGCCGACCUUGUCGCAAGACAGUGAAUCAGCAGCCGAAAGAGUAUCUUCUGCAGAUGGAAGAUCAAAGACGAUCAUAAAGAAUUCUGGGAUAGAUCUAUCAAGACAUCUGGGAGACGAGGUUAAAGGAAACAGUAACAAGCAUUGGCCACCUUACGAUCUGGCUCAACAAAAGUUCAUGCAAAUCACUGUCGCUAACCAACCACCGGCAAUCAGGGAUCACUAUAGGGCGCAUCGGCUUGCAUUGUGGACCCAUCUAAUUCCGCAGCUCCACAGGUCGGGUGGGCCAGAUGUCAGCCCCUUACAUCAUCUUCUCGACGAUCACGAUGAUCCCCGUAGCUACGAAGGCCAAGUUAUCAUCGACCCACGCUCAAGACACGUGCCGGCUGGAUCGACAGGUGGUGAGGUGCGACAUCACCCUGGAGCAGAAGGCUUAGAAACAAAGUCGAAUGAUACCAGUGAAGUUGUUGGUGCAGGAGCAAGCGCCGCCAGCGGUGGCUCCGGUGGUCUCGGAGGGUUUGGGUUCGACUCCCUGUUGCUGCCGGCUGGGGCUGUGGCCUCCUCGUCCGCGCUGAGUAUCACACUCGCCGUAGGAUGCUGCCUAUUAUUUUUGAACGCUUUGAUAUUUGCUGGAGUCUAUUACCAAAGGGACAAGACAGCACGACUUCUGCACGAGGCCGCCAAUACCAAGGAGCAGAAUGUUGACGAUAAACCAAAGGUGUCAACAGCAACAAAGAUUGUAGACACGACGGGCGGGCCUAAGUCGAAUUUAAUGGCCGCAGUGGUUGACGGUAACAAGGCUGCACUGCGUUCCGCGCCAAGCGGUUGCAGUCUGGUAUCAAUGACAUCACUAGGAACCUGUGGGGCGGCUGUGCGUUUGAAUAGCGCCGACUCAAGUGAACAACAGCACGAGCGGGAAGCGAUCUGCGAUAGUUUGACAACGUCGAUGUUGGCAGGUCACACAUGUAUGCAUACCCAUAGCCAGAAACAGUGUGUUCAUGAGUGCCCUAGCCAUAUGAGUGCUCGUAUGCAACAGCAACAGCUACACGACGCAAGAGGGAUGCAUCAUCAGCACGAUCUCGUUCAGGCCCAUCGAACGAUUGGAAUAACCAGUCAGGCUGGACAAACGGCCACACUGAACGUGGCUAGCGUACAUGGGCACAAACAUCUGAUUGUCAAGACGCAGAUGCCUAGCAACCCACAGCAGCAGAAUGUCCUGCAGGACCAGCAGCAGAAUGUCCUGCAGGACCACCAGCAGCAGCAGCAGCAGGCGGGGACCGGCACUGCUACAGUAGCAGCUGCUGCAAAUCUGAAGAGUUUGAUGAAAGAGGGUAGCUGCGCCCUUUCACUUGGCGCUAGCCCCGAUCUAACCAUAAAUGUGUCCAGCUUCGGUGGUACCGGAGCCACCUGCCCUAGCAUAUCAGCACAUCAGCACCAUCAGCCAUACCAACAACAACAGCAGCAUCUCGAACUUAAUAUGCAAUUUCAAAAGCAAACAGCACAACAUAAACAGAUCGAGCUGCAUAACCAGCGAAUGUUACAUUUGUCAGAACAGACGCAGUUACAUCUUGAAGAUCUCAUUGAGCAGCACGACACGAUUGCUACUGUCGGGUGCAGACCCGUCGAAUAUGUCGGCACAUCAACUGGUGAUUAAGGAAAAAUGGGAACAUCGGAUGCAUCGUUUGAUGAUAAUGGACACGAUCUGUUACAGUACGGACAUUGCUUGUUGACACGGUUUUGUUUGAAGGAGAAGGACGUUUUAGUCUACAAGGAAAAUGUGUGCGUAACUGAAGUUCGUAACGUAUCGUAUUAUUAAAAAUUGGACAUAAGAACUAUAUAUGAAACGUUUGUACAUUAGUACCAAAGAGCAGUAAUGUAAACCCGCUCUGAUGGCAUCGAAACUCCGGAGAAUAUUAUCCAGUUUCUGUAUGUAUUCGGAAAUAGAGGGAAAUGUGCAGACGUGAUUACGCUCAAUUGCUUGUGAAUACAAAAUACAACUGAGUGAAGCAAAGAUGAACUGUAAUCGCUGCUUUAUAAGGCGUCCCUACGGCUUUAUGUGACACACGUCGUCAAAAGGUCGAACACUGAACAUUUUAAGCGCGAAUUUUUAUGCUGCAAGUAUUUGCAAAGCUAACCCUACCGCCCAAAUGUACAUAUAAUCCAUAUCGAGUCUUAGUAACAACGAGAUAGGUGUAAAUAAAAACGUAAC